AUGCUGGACGCCUUUGAGAUCAUCACGACGUCCGGUGUCGUUGUUUGGAGCCGCACAUAUGCCCCCGUCGCCCAAAAGGUCGUCAACACCCUGAUCAACGACGUCUUUAUUGAGGAGCGCGCCCAAAGCCUGCAGAGCCAACCGCGGAAUGCCUCGUUCAAGACGGACAAAUACACGCUCAAAUACACCCACGCCAAGGACCUUGGUCUGAUCUUUGUCGCCGUCUACCAGUCCAUCCUGAACUUGUCAUGGGUCGACAACCUGCUCGAUGUCGUUCGAGGCUUGUUCGUCAAGCAAUACGGAAACGAUCUCAAGAUCAAGAACACAACCAAGCUUGACUGCUCACAUUUCACCCCGACCUUCGAUGCCCUCGUCCAGAAGCUCGACAAGACCCAAUCUUCAGCCCCGCGACCCGACGACCAAGAUCUCGAGACCGACUCGCCCACCGACCUGACCCCACCAUCGAGCUCUGCUGGUGAUGACCAAGACCAUCCGCCGCCUCCAGCUCCUGCUCUCAAGAAACCUGCCCCGAGACAGCUCACCGAAACCAUCUCGGCUUCUACAGACGCCACUCCCAUCCCGACACCAGACACAUCACGACCCGCCUCGCCCGCCGUAAGCCAAUUGCUCGAAGGAAAGAGCCCCCGCGGCUCGCGCCGUUCACGAAAGGCUGCCCUUGCUGCCUCCUCGGCCCCUGCCUCUUCUGGUGACGAAAAGUCUCCCUCGCGCAAAGCCGCUCCUGCGAAAAGACCUACUGCUAAAUCCAAGCGUACAUGGGACGCUCACGGCUUCGGUGCUGAAGAAGACGAGGACACGGUUCUGGACUACUCGACACAAAGCUUGGAUGACGCCCCUGCGGCGCAAUCGACACUCCAACCCGUCCGUGCCGAUGACAUGGGUAGCAGGACGGCCAAGGGACAGUUUGUGCUCAAAGAUUUGGACGAUGAGGUUGAUGCCAUUCUCGCAGAAUCAAAAGCUAAGAAAGAGGAGGUCGAUACAGAUGCAUCAAAGGGGUUAGUGGGUACUGGACUGGGAGCUAUCAGUGGUUACUUCCGCAAUAUGGUCGGAGGCAAGACUUUGACGGCUGCCGACCUGGCCAAGCCCAUGAAAGCCAUGGAAGACCAUCUUUUGAACAAGAACGUAGCCCGCGAGGCCGCUGUUCGCUUAUGCGAAUCUGUCGAACGCGAUCUUAUUGGUCUCAAGACCAGCAACUUCACCACUAUCGACCAAACCAUUCGCGAUUCCAUGUCCAAGGCUCUCACUCGUAUACUGACCCCUACAUCCUCCCUUGAUCUGCUGCGCUCAAUCACAUCCACUACUUCUGGCUCGAAUGCAAGGCCCUAUGUCAUCAGUAUCGUUGGUGUCAACGGCGUUGGCAAGUCGACAUCUCUCUCCAAACUUGCUUUCUUCUUCCUCCAAAACAACUUCCGCGUCUUGGUCUGUGCCGCCGACACCUUCCGUUCUGGAGCUGUUGAACAGCUGCGCGUUCAUGUACGCAACCUCUCUGAGUUGACCGCCCGUGAGAAUCUAGGUCACGUCGAUCUUUACGAGAAAGGUUACGGAAAGGAUGCUGCUCAGCUUGCUAAAGAGGCUGUCACAUAUGCCGCAGAGCACGCCUACGAUGUUGUGCUAGUCGAUACAGCUGGUCGUAGACACAACGACACUCGUCUCAUGUCAUCCCUCACAAAAUUCGGCCAACUUGCGAACCCAGACAAGAUUUUUAUGGUCGGCGAGGCUCUUGUAGGCACAGACUCGGUGGCUCAGGCUCGCAACUUCUCUGCGCAAUUCGUAGACCGCCAAGGGAAGGGACGUGGACUUGACGGCUUUGUCAUCUCAAAAUGCGAUACAGUCGGUGACAUGGUUGGCACGCUCGUCAGCAUGGUUCAUGCCACGGGUAUUCCCGUUGUCUUCUUGGGCGUAGGUCAACAUUAUGGUGAUUUGCGUGGUCUCAACGUUGGAUGGGCCGUGGACAAGUUGAUGAAAUAG